UGCCCUAAUCGAACAGGAGCUCGCGAUUGCCCCAGAUUUCUCCAGAGCGCGCGAGCUAGGGGGGAUUUCCAUGGCGUGGCAGCAGCAGCAGCCGCCGCGGCCAAUGCAGCCGUAUGGAUACAACAAUUUUGUUCCUCAGCCCGGUAUGCCUGGAAUGCCACCACAGCCGCCGCCUGGAUCCGGCGAUUCAGCCUUCUACAACUCGGAUCUCAUUCGCACGGGGCUGGGCGCCUACGGCGAGAAAUUGUUUGGCAGCAGCAAAGAUUAUGUACAAAGCAAUAUUUCCAGGUUCUUGGCCGGGCAAGACAUUCACUAUUACUUCCAGCUCAACGAGCAAUACGUGAAGAACAAGCUCAAGAUCAUUUUGUUUCCAUUUCUACACAAGGGACACUGGACGAGAAUCGCCGAGCAAGUCGCGGGAGGCAUCACUUACAAGCCUCCUCGGUAUGAUAUCAACGCUCCCGACUUAUACAUUCCUCUCAUGGCUCUCGCGACGUAUGUGGUUCUUCGCUGCUACGCUCUUGGCUUCACCGGAAAGUUCUCGCCGGCAGUGAUGCAAUCCAGCUUCUCCCACGGGAUUGGAGCGUGGCUCGUGGAAGUGAUCCUCGUCAAGGGGAUGCUCUUCGCGGUGGGCAGUGGCGAAGUCCCAUGGCUCGACACGCUCGCCUACAGCGGCUACUCACUCGUCGGUAUGUCUCUCUCCAUCGCCGCGACGAUCUCGAGCAAGUACCUCUUCUACUUCGCGCUCCUCUGGACGGGGAUUUGCAUGGGUGUGUUCCUCGUCAAAACGCUCAAGAGAGUGUUCCUGGCGGAGGUCCGGAGCUACGAGCGCGACUCGAGCAAGCACCACUACUUGCUGCUCUUCGUCGCCAUCGCCCAAGUUCCAAUCUUUCUAUGGUUUACUCGGCUCUAGCUUUGCCGCAAAGCUUUCGUGCGUUUUAAUUUAGUCGCGGCGCGUAUAUUCCCCAUAAACCCUAGAAUUUUUUUUGAAA